AUGGGCUUGGUAGGCGACGAAAAGACUGGCAAAGCGCCGGUCGUGAAGGACUCCGAGCUUCACAACGUUGAGGUGGAGUAUUUGCACGGUCCAGACUCGUUUGAACAGUCGGCAGGCAGCAGUGAUGGCCAGCCGCGGUCGAGAUGGGGAAGGUUUGUGGAUUCUUUCAAGAGAGCAGAGGAGAUUGAGGUGGAUCCCAACUUGUCGGAGGUUGAGAAGGCUGCCUUGAGAACUGCGCAGGCUCCGUUGCAGCGUCAUUUGAAAAAUAGACAUCUGCAAAUGAUUGCCAUUGGUGGCGCUAUUGGUACCGGGCUGUUUGUCGGUAGUGGUACGGCUUUGAGAACUGGUGGUCCCGCCGGUAUCAUCCUCGGGUGGGGCUUGACUGGUACUAUGAUAUACUGCAUGGUUAUGGCGACAGGUGAGCUGAACACGGUGUUUCCCGUGGCCGGUGGGUUUACCACUUACGCGGUGCGUUUCUUGGACGAGUCGCUUGGAUUUGCCCUGAAUUUCAACUACAUGUUGCAAUGGUUAGUGGUGUUACCACUGGAGAUUGUCGCGGCGUCGAUCACAGUUAACUUUUGGGGUACCGAUCCGAAGUAUCGCGAUGGGUUUGUUGCAUUGUUCUGGGUUGUUAUUGUCAUUAUCAAUCUGUUCGGCGUCAGAGGCUAUGGUGAAGCCGAAUUUGUGUUUUCGAUUAUCAAGGUGAUCACCAUCGUCGGGUUCAUCAUUAUGGCCAUCGUGUUGAUCUGCGGUGGCGGGGGCCGCGAGUACAUCGGGGCCAAGUACUGGUACCAUCCUGGUGCAUUCGUCGGAGAUACGGCUGGGAAGCAGUUCAAAGGCUUCUGCUCUGUCUUUGUGACCGCCGCAUUCUCUUUUGCUGGUAGUGAACUGGUCGGUUUGGCAGGCUCUGAGGCCCAAAACCCCAGAAAGGCUGUGCCUGCUGCUGCAAAACAGGUUUUUUGGAGAAUAACCUUAUUCUAUAUCCUCUGCCUAUUGUUGAUCGGUAUGCUGGUUCCCUAUAACGACCCACGUUUGAUUGGUGCUUCUUCGGUGGAUGCUGCAGCAUCACCAUUUGUCAUUGCCAUUGUCAAUGCCGGCAUUAAAGGUCUACCUAGCGUCAUCAACGUGGUCAUCCUUAUCGCCGUGCUGUCCGUUGGUAAUUCUGCAAUCUACACCUGCUCCAGAACCCUAGCGGCUCUUGCAGAUCAAGGCUUUUUGCCCAAGAUUGUCGGCUACAUCGAUCGCGGCGGCAGACCGAUGGUUGGCAUCAUAAUUUCCUCAGUGUUUGGUUUGCUAGCAUUCGUCGCUGAAUCUAGCAAGGAAGGGGAAGUUUUCAAUUGGCUGUUGGCCAUCUCCGGUCUCUCGUCUUUGUUCUCCUGGGCUGGUAUUUGUUUUUGCCAAAUCCGUUUCAGGUCAGCUUUAGCCGUUCAAGGUAGAUCCACGGACGAGCUGCCCUUCAAGGCUCCAUUAGGCUGCUGGGGUUCCUACUGGGGGGCUUUCAUGUGUUUCGUAAUGUUGGCUGCUCAAUUUUAUGUUGCUCUAUUCCCAAUUGGCAGUAAACCAAACGCUUCAGAUUUCUUCUCUGCGUACUUGGCAUUUCCUAUCGUGCUGGCAUUUUACAUCUUCCAUAAGAUCUGGAAGAAGAACUGGAAAUUCUUAAUCAAAUUAGAGGACAUGGAUAUCGAUACCGGCAGAAGAGAAGUUGACGUGGAGUUGUUAAAACAGGAAUUGGCCGAAGAAAGAGCCGUUCUCGCUGCAAAACCAUUCUACAUCAGGUGGUGGAGCUUCUGGUGUUAA